AUGACAUCUCGCCUUGGCGUGGGGACCCAAGGCGCGUGGGUUCGAAACCCACAAGGGGACAACAUUGCAUCCGGAGCCAACUUCUCAGCUCCUAAAAUAAAGGAAUGUGAACCUGCCAAGGCUCUCCUCCGCGUCAUACAAUAUCUAAAAGGAACGAGCGACCUUGGCAUCUUAUACGAAGGCCCCAAGAACGAGAUCGAUGAAUUCCCCAACGCGUCAUAUCUGCCGAUAGGUUAUACAGAUUCGGAUUGGGCAGGACCGUUGAACGGCGAACGCAAAUCUACUUCAGGCUUCAUAUUCAAGUUAGCAGGUGCACCAAUUUCAUGGCGUUCGUCCAAACAACCUUGUGUUUCUUUAAGUUCAAAUGAGGCAGAAUACGUGGCACUUAGCGAAGCAGUACGCGAAGCAACGUGGUUGCGCAAUAUGAUGAUGGAACUAGGAUUCGUUACAGCAAAGGACCCCUUGCCUAUCAGGGCAGAUAACAAAGGUUCAAUCGACCUAGCUACCGUUGCCGCGAUCACGGCACGCAGCAAGCAUAUCGACACUCGCUUCCACUAUUCUCGCACGCAAUUGAACGAAGGCGUUAUUUCUAUUAAACACGUUCCCACUGAGGAUAUGGUAGCAGACGGAUUAACCAAACCUCUGGGCACAGUGGCAUUUAGGCGUUUCAUUGAUUUACUAGGACUUUUCGCUGGUAACACAUGA